AAGUAUUAGUAUAUAUGUAGUACAUUCGCACACAAAAGGAGUUGGAAAGACGUCACGGAGUUAUCAUCGAUCAUUUUGCGGAGGAAAAAUGGCGUCGAGACCAGGUUUUCUCACGGACUGGCCAUGGACUCCUCUUGGAAGCUUUAAGUACAUAGUGUUGGCCCCGCUUGUUAUUGACAGCAUCUACUCAUAUGCAACCAUGCGAGAUCACGAGAAACUUAUGAUAGUGGCAUUGGCGGUGUGGCGGAUUGUUCAUAGCCAAAUAUGGAUAAGUUUAUCCCGUUACCAAACCGCAAAAGGAACCAAGCGGAUCGUGAACAAGUCCAUAGAGUUUGAUCAAGUUGACCGAGAACAAACCUGGGACGAUCAGAUCAUCUUCAACUCUCUCAUUCUUUACUUAACCAAACUGUACGUCUUAGGGACCAAUACCAUUCCCUUCUGGCGAACCGAUGGAUUGAUCUUAGUCGCUCUCCUCCAUGCUGGUCCGGUCGAGUUCAUCUACUAUUGGUUCCACCGAGCACUUCACCACCACUUCCUCUACUCUCGCUACCAUUCUCACCACCACUCUUCCAUUGUCACCGAGCCAAUCACUUCGGUAGUACAUCCGUUUGCGGAGCACAUUGGAUAUACGUUAAUCUUGGGGCUACCUCUAACAAUGACUUUGCUAUGCGGCACGGUCUCGGCUGUCUCCAUUCUCAUAUAUGCAACUUACAUAGAUUUUAUGAACAAUAUGGGUCACUGCAACUUCGAGCUCAUUCCGAGAUCUCUCUUCUCCAUUUUACCUCCUCUUAAGUUCCUUUGCUACACUCCCUCGUUUCACUCGCUCCACCACACACAAUUCAGGACAAACUACUCUCUAUUCAUGCCAAUGUACGACUACAUCUAUGGGACUACCGACGAGUGCAAUGACUCAUUGUACGAAACAUCGUUGGAAAAAGAAGAAGAUAAGCCUGACGCGAUUCAUCUGACCCAUCUAACAUCACUGGACUCUAUUUACCAUCUCCGGCUCGGCUUGGCUUCCCUCUCCUUGCACCCGCUCUCUUCCCAGUGUUACCUAUUCAUCAUGAUGAAGCCCUUCACUCAUAUCAUCUCCUUCAUUCUCACUUCAUUCUCUUUUCCAACCUUCGUCUUCGAGAGAAACCGCUUCCGUGAUCUCACACUUCACUCCCACCUUCUUCCCAAGUUCUCCUCUCAUUACAUGUCGCAGCAGCAGAAAGAAUGUAUCAACAAAAUGAUAGAGGAGGCUAUUCUUGAAGCGGAGAAGAAAGGUGUGAAAGUAAUGAGUUUGGGGCUAUUGAACCAGGGAGAAGAAUUAAAUGGGUAUGGAGAAAUGUACGUGAGGAAGCAUCCAAAGCUAAAAAUAAGGAUAGUGGACGGAAGCAGUCUUGCAGCUGAGGUGGUGCUUCAUAGCAUUCCUGUUGGGACCAAAGAGGUUCUCUUUAGAGGCCAAAUCACAAAAGUUGCUCGUGCCAUUGUCUUUUCUCUUUGCCAAAAUGCCAUCAAGGUGAUGGUGUUACGCAAGGAAGAGCAUUCCAUGCUCGCGGAGUUCUUGGACGAUAAUUGUAAGGAAAAUCUGGUGCUCACAACCAAUUACUAUCCAAUGAAUUGGCUGGGGAGGAGAGUGAUGAGCGCAUGGAGAGUUGGUGGGAUAGUACAUGCGCUUGAAGGGUGGGAGGAACACGAGUGCGGUCUCGAUUCAAACCUUAAUCCUCCUAGAGUUUGGGAAGCUGCUCUUCGAAAUGGUUUCCAACCCCUACUUCUCCCAUCUUUAGAGACCUAAGGGUUCAAGAACCACGUUAUCAACCGCGUCAAGAAGAAUCAUCCCGACUUGAAGUUCCAACC